CGUCAUGCCGCAGAAAGCAUAUGUACCUACCUACGCUACCUAGAAUAUCUACCAAAGUAAAACUCCGACAUCAUGUCCCUACCCCUCUAUUCACAUCCAAAAAAGUCAUUCACCCUCGCUCCUCCUCUAACAACCAUGGCUUCAACUCCCCGCCUGGAAGUGCUGCACCGCCUGCACUCUGUAAUCUCCUCUCACCGCCCCAUCGUCGGCGCCGGCGCCGGCAUCGGGCUCUCGGCCAAGUUCGUCGAAGCCGGCGGCGCCGACCUGAUCAUCAUCUACAACUCGGGGCGCUUCCGGAUGGCGGGGCGGGGCUCGCUCGCAGGGCUGAUGCCGUACGGCGACGCGAACGCCAUCGUCGUCGACAUGGCGCGGGAAGUCAUGCCCGUCGUCCGCAAUACCCCGGUCCUCGCCGGCGUGUGCGGGACCGACCCGUUCCGCGAUAUGCGGCGCUUUUUGAAGGAGCUGAAGGAGAUGGGGUUCAGCGGGGUGCAGAACUUCCCGACCGUGGGGCUGGUUGACGGGGCGUUUCGCGCGAACCUGGAGGAGACGGGGAUGGGGUAUGGCCUGGAGGUGGAGAUGGUCCGGCUAGCUGCUGAGAUGGAGUUGGUCACGUCGCCGUACGUGUUCAACGUGGAGGAGGCUGUGAGUAUGGCCGAGGCCGGCGCUGACAUCAUCGUCGCCCAUAUGGGGUUGACUACGAGCCAAGGGAUUGGAGGAAAGACGGGAAAGACCUUGGAUGAAUGCGUCAAGUUGAUUCAGGAGAUCCGAGAUGCUGUAAUAGGAGUAAGGGAAGACAUUAUAGUGUUAUGUCACGGUGGCCCAAUCGCUGAGGUAAAGGAUGCUGAGUACGUCCUCUCGCGAACAAAAGGGGUGCAUGGGUUCUUCGGGGCCAGCAGCAUGGAACGGAUCCCGGUCGAGAUUGCAAUCACAGAAAACACAAAGAGGUUUAAAGAGAUUCGUGUGGAAAAAUGAUUACCAGUAACUCACGAGAAGUAGUAGUUCGUGAGAUAGAGUAAUACCUAGUAUUCUUGCUAUACUCAUGAGCCUUGCUUUCCGAAUCAUGGGCAGUUACUAGGAUAGAAAUCGAUUGGACUUCGAUAACCAUACCCAUUAAAUGGGUUGGUAUGUGUAUAUACACAUAUACAUCCCUGCAUAUCCAAAUACUUUCAGGUGCUAUUAAAGAUGGUAUUUACGGCUAGAUUGGGGAGAGGG